AUGUCCUCCUCCUACGCCCCACCUCCUGGACCGCCGCCGCCAACGGUUCCAGACGGCUGGAAAGCGCAGUAUGACGAACGGUAUCAGACAUGGUUCUACAUCAACAUUGCUACCGCUGGCGACACGAAACAGCCGAUGGCCUCCAACAACCCUUACAACUCCAUCAAUGCUACCAAGGGCGCUAGCCCCAACACCCUUGACGAAGAUGCGCGCCUGGCCGCCCAGCUGCAGGCCGAGGAAGACGCGCGCGCACGCAGCCGAGGCGCCGGGGACUCCGGCACCGCGGCCGACUACUACAGCGAUACAUCGCGACCGCAGCCCAGCGGCGCAGGCUACGGACCCGGGCCAUCCGCGCCGAGCCCUAUGCCUGAGCAGAAACGCAGCAAGGGCUUCUUCAGCAAGCUGAUGGGCAAAAGCUCUGGGAGCAGCUCACGCCCGUACGCUUCAUAUCCGCAGCAGCCAGGUUCAUACGCGCCGCAGCCUGCUCCAUCGGGAGGCUACUAUGGUGGAUACCCUCAGCAAGCCGCUCCCCAGCAAGGGUAUGGCUAUCCCCCGGCUGGGUAUGGUGGCUACCCACCCCAGGGCGGCUACUAUGCGCAGCAGCAGCAGCAACGCCCGCCGCGGAAAAGUGGCGGGAUGGGCACGGCAGGAGCGGCAGCCCUCGGAGUUGGUGGAGGGUUGUUGGGCGGUCUCUUGAUUGCCGAUGCUGUGGAGGACAUGGGGGAUCAUCAUGACUAUGACGAUGGCCCUGGUGGGUGGGAUGAUGGCGGUGGUGACUUUGGAGGCGGUGACUUCUAA